UGUCUAAACUGAGUCGUUCUUUGGCGUCUUUUUUACACCGCCACCAACCAAUACCAUACGUCCAUACCAUAGACAGACAAAUUGGUACGAACAAUGCUUCAUUCAUUCGUUCAAAUCCGAUCCAAUCCAAAGAUCCGUUAUGACUUCAAAGUUUGAAAAUGCAAAUACAAAAUACAUUGACGCUCACUGCAAGAAAACAUAGAAAAAGUGAUAGAUUGAAGUAAUUUUAUAUGGUUUACGGGUGGUGUUCUAUUAUAUAGUUAUAUUUUUUACGAAUCAAAAUGAGUGACAGUGAAACUGAUUUGCUACCAAACAAUAUGCUUACCUUUCAGAAUCAUGGCACGACUAUAUGUGCAAAAGGUCCUAAUAUAAACAGCACUAAUAUUUCAAGCUUUAGUUUCCGUAACAACGUUAUGACUUCUACUAUGAAUAUGCCAUGGAAUAUGGAGCGGCCGCGGUACGCUGAAUCUGUUUGCGACCAGAGGAGUGCGUCUUACAGGAGAGAAAGAGAAGUGUCCCCUAUGUCAUUUCAUAGUGCAUCUGGCAUGCAACCGCGUAACUUCCAUCACUCAUAUUACCCUGGUGGAAUGAGUUCCCACAGAUCAGUUUACAGUAGGAGAAGUGGAUCACCAAUGUCUGUUAGAACUAUAGAUUCUAACACAAGUAUGAGUGCACGGGAUAUUGCAUUUGCAUUUAAGAAUGGACAUUUUAAUAAGUUGGAUUUUGAAAUAAUUAAAGAGGCUUACCACAAGUUCUUAAAAGGUCGUGUAAGGAGAAGAGUAGAGAAAAAGCGCAAUUUGAGAAUGUUUAUGAAAGGAUUUCGACGCAAGUCAGGGGGUGAUUCAGGAGAUCAAGCCAGUGACUCAUCAAUCAGCAGUGAUGACUGUAGAUCUACUAGGACAUCAAGGUCUGCAUUCUAUAAAGAGAACACGUCUAGUUGUAGAUCAACCAGAACUGACCUCUCAGACUUUAGGAGAACAAUGAAGGAAAGUAACAUGUUCAGAGACUGUACUGACAGUUUUAGAAAAAACUCCUUCAAGAGUGUGUUGUCUCAGAGACCUCCAAGUGUGAAAGACAUAAACAGUGCUCAGAAUCAGCAGAACACUACAGUAGCUGCACAAAAGGAUAGAUUUAAAAGUGGCUUCCUUCUGCCUUCUCAGAGAUUUAACCAGUCAGUAGCAUCAAUGUCCAUACCGGAAAAGCCAGAAAGUAUUCAAAGGGCCAAUGAAAAUGAAUUUGCAGGUAAUUCAAAACAAAACGAUAAACCCGUAAGAAAUCCUGCCAGUGACAGUGAACAAGAUGAAAUAUUUGGUGAAGUAACAGUUAUGGAAAAGACUUCUCAUAAUAGAAGUGCUAAAAGAAAUCUGGAUGAUGUUGUACCUGUCCCAGACAAGAAAAGGAGUAAGCUCUCUUCUCCACAAAACUCUAAUUCUAAACAGAAAACACCUAACUUGAAGAUUAAUGCUAAGCAAAAAUCAAAAGACUUUGUAUUUGCAAAACCUAAACUUCCAAUUAAAAAACCUGUCUCAGUAAAUCACCAAAAAAAUUUACUAAAAUCAACAUCACAACAACUUGAAAAACCAGUAUCAAAUUCCCAGCCUGUACCUACAAAUAGAAUACUGCAUACACCAGAGCCCAAGACAAAAUCAUCUAAAGAUGUUCCAGAACACCCUGUAGAAAAAGUACUUGCAAGUUCACAACAAUUAGCUGAGAAAUUUAUUAAAAAGUCAUCUCAAACAUCUGAAAUUGUACCUAAUCCAGUAACCACACUAUCUCAAGAUACUGCACAUGAAAAAGACCCAUGUCCAAAUGUUGAACACUCUACAACUGACAUGUCUAUGAGGCCUAGCUUCAUCAAGAGAAAAUUAUUUUCACAGAAAGUGGAUGUUGCAGAAAAGAAUUCAAGUAAAGACAAUUUGCAAAUUGAUAGUCCACAGACUAAUAUUUACAGCAAGAUUCAAAAAGAGAAAAAUAAGGCUAGGAAACUAGUCACAACACAGUCUUGUCUCAGUAGAGAUGUUGCUGAUGACAGCAAUUUACUUGACUUGAUCCACAAAAUUGUGCCCCCAGAUCGUAUGAAUAUGACAACAGCUACAAACAGAAGUGAAAUUCAAAAUAAUAAAAGUAAACCAGCCAAUGCAGACAAGUUUGAUAUCACUUCAAUUGUACCCGUUUGUAACGACGGAGACAUGAGCGACACAUAUACUGACGAGGAAAUAUUUGGGGCAGAUGAAAAUGAAAAACAGAAAAGACAAAGCCAAAUAAUUGAGGAUAAACCUCAAACUGUAGAAAAAGAAGUACAAGAACAUGUUAAUAAUAAUCAGAAUAGAACUGUAGCAAAGCAGAAGAAUAGGAAUGAAGUACUAAAACCACCUAAAGUUAUUGGGGAGAAGAUAUGCAAUGAAAUAAUACCAGAUAAACAGCAAGCUUUAACAAAAUCUAUUUGCAGAGUAUUACUGGAAAAAGUGCAUACAGAUCAAAUUAAAAAUGUUGCUCCCGUUAAACAACCACUUUCACCCCCUGAGAAUAAUGGUUUAAAAAGGAAUGUUUAUAAGUGUGUUAAAUCGUUUUGGGAUACUGAUGUUGAAAGUGAUUUUGAAGCCACUCCUCUGAUGAUUGCUGCUCCUAUAGAAAAAGGUACGCCAGUCAUCAAAGCCAGUACCAAAAUUACAGCAAAUAAAAAAAGUAGUAUAAAAACUACUGCACCUGUACCAAAGGAAAUCACUACUCAAAUAGCAAGUACUAAGGCAACACUCAAUGAAGCAAAUAGUAAUAAAAAGGAUAAAAUAAACAAGACUGUUUGUGGAAGUGUAAACAAAACACUAAAAGAGUCACAAAAGGAUUUAAAUCUUACUAAGCCUAUCACUUUAAAUAAAAAUAAGUCUAUGGCAAAAGUACUGAAUAAUAGUAUACAAUCCAAGAAUAAAACGCAUUUGUCAGGAAAAGAAAAUGAAACCACAAAAAAGAAUAAAGCUUGUGUAAAAAACAAUGAAUCUGACACAGCCGUGACAAAUCAAAAAGUUAAACGUAAAGUCAGUCCGCCUAGAAAAACGAACACGGCAAUAAAAUCCAAAACCAAUGCUAAUAGUACAAUAUUGAAAGUUCUCAAUAACACCAUGAGGAUACGAGCGCAGCGGAAACCGAAAAUAAACAAGUGUUGUGAAGAGCCAGACAAAUCAGAGCUAUCCAUAAAUGAUACUCUUUGCAAAACCUUAAGGUCUAGGAAAGUUGACCUAUCAUCAUCCAUGAAAUCUGAAAACAGUAACACAUCAGUUGCUAAGAAGACUGUUAAAACGAAAUCAAAAACGGUUAAACGAAAAAAUAUUCAUAUUUACAACAAUAAUAAAGAUAAGUCAAUCCCAAGUGAUAUUUCUUUCACACUCGCAUCAGAAACACCGCCUUCAGGCAAGCCUGCCACGAGGGCGAAGAAGUCGAUUGCUUACUUUAACACUACGCAAAGGGUAACGAGGCGAAGUGACGUAUCAUUCACUCUAUCACCUGACAUGAUGAAUUUGAACACAACAAUGCGCACACGAAAUUCUUUGAAAAGAAAUAGAGAGAUUGAAUCCCUGCAACUGAGUUUGUUCCCAAAAACUGGCAAAACUCGACACUGAGCCAGAACGAUAACAUUCUGUUGACUGGCAGAAGUGCAGGAUAGUUCUAGAUGUAUAUAUAGUGUCCUACUACUGGGCACAGUCUUCCGCCGAUCAAACGGUGUAAUUGAGGUGGAAGAUGUUAUUUAUUAUCUUUUAUUUUAAUAAUAAUUAAAACUCUUUAAUUUUUAAAUAUAACAUGCAUUUACUUGUACAGCCCAUAUAAUUUAAGCGUCGAUUUUAGAAACCUCUUUAAUCAUAGAAGCUUGAAAACACAAGAAAACUUUAUUUGUAUUUUUAUAAUUAUGAAAUUCUAACUUAGAAUGCUAAAUCCAAUAGAAAUUUUUGUAUGUAGGUAACUCAUGUAGAAUUAUGUCUAUGAUAUUGCAAAGAAUCCCUAGAUUAUAGUUGUGUUUUUAAUUCAAAUGAUUUUUGUAUUGUGUUGAGAUAUUAUAAUUAUAUCAGUAAAAUAUA